CGGAAGUGGCAAACGUGCGUAUCGAGAUCGUCAUCAGCUGCUGUUUGGGGUUCGGUUUGACGCAACGGGACUAUUGUGCUGGACAAUAGUAUUGCCACAGCGACCUGAGAUCAGUUGAGAUUACUCGAACCCGAAGGAUAGUGGCCCAAUGGUGAUAAUCGUCAAGAACCAAUUAAAUAGUCUAUCUGGUUUUUUUUACCUCGCACAUCGUAUAAGGGCGGAGUAAUGUGUCCAAGGAGAAGGUGUCACGACAAAGCAAAGAACCUCUCCAUCGUGGCCACCCUCCCUGACGGUGGUGUGUUUUAAUGUGUUAAAUGUGUAAAGAGAAACGAUUACGAAAGUGUAAGUGUAUAGCAAAAGCAAAUUUUUCUCGGAGUUAUUUCGGCGACGCUUGAAGGUGCAUUCUCGUGGUAAAGGCACCUCGUAGACAAAGGUCUUUGAGUUCGUCGGGUAAUUGCGUGUGUGUGUGUGCAAAAACGGGGCGCAUUCGCGUAAAGCGAGUGGCGAGACAGUGGUGCGAGGAUGAGGCCGGGAAGCCUAAAAGACCCCGAGAUAGCAGAACUCUUCAACAAACAUGAUCCGGAAAAGAUAUUCGAAGAUUUGCGCGAAAUCGGGCACGGUUCGUUCGGUGCGGUGUAUUACGCAAAAUGCAACCUUACGCCCGAGAUCGUCGCAAUCAAGAAGAUGUCCUACAUGGGCAAGCAGAGCAUGGAGAAGUGGCAGGACAUCCUGAAGGAGAUACGCUUCCUGAGGCAACUAAACCAUCCGAACACGAUCGAGUACAAGGGAUGCUAUUUACACGAAAACACGGCAUGGCUCGUGAUGGAGUAUUGUGUUGGGUCUGCAUCGGACAUCAUCGAAGUGCACAAGCGCCCGCUAAAGGAGGACGAAAUCUCCGCCAUAUGCGAUGGUGUGCUGCGGGGGUUGAGCUACCUGCACGGUCUCGGUCGAAUCCAUCGUGACAUUAAGGCUGGCAACAUUUUGCUCACCGAGCAGGGUAUUGUGAAGCUCGCCGAUUUCGGCAGUGCCGCCAUCAAGUGCCCGGCGAACAGUUUCGUCGGAACGCCCUACUGGAUGGCACCGGAAGUAAUUCUAGCGAUGGACGAGGGCCAGUACGAUGGGAAGGUGGAUGUGUGGUCACUUGGCAUCACCUGCAUCGAGUUAGCAGAACGGAAACCUCCGUACUUCAACAUGAACGCUAUGUCGGCAUUGUAUCAUAUUGCGCAGAAUGAUGCACCAUCGCUCCAGGCACAGGAGUGGUCGGAUAUGUUCCGUAACUUUGUCGAUUUCUGUCUGAAAAAGUCACCAAUUGAUCGGCCCACGUCAACACAGCUUCUAAAACAUACGUUCGUAACAAGAGUUCGGUCGCCGAAUGUGUUGAUUGAUUUAAUUGCCAGAACAAAAGCAGCUGUGAGGGAACUAGACAAUCUGAACUAUCGCAAGAUGAAAAAAAUCUUGAUGGUGGAUUGCGAGACGGAAAGCAACAUUGGCGACGCGGAGGAUACGCCGGACGAGCAGAUCGGUGGCGACAGCAGCAAGAGCAACAGUAUCACUUCCGAACACUCACUGCCAUCGGUCGAUCAGCAGCAGCACGGUGGAGUAGGUAGCGGCCUGAUGAGGAAUUCGUCUCGAUCCCGACCGACCAAUCCGAUGUCAUCGAUGCAUAACAAUUCGGCGGGUGGCAAUGUGAGGGAUAGCAUGCUUUCGAACGUCAUGAUGGCCGGUAUCGGUGGCAGUGGAUCGGGCAGCGGCAUGAUGAUGGCGGGUGGCGGCGGAAUGGGUGGCAGCGUUGGCAUGAGCGCAAGUGGAAUUCAGGGCGGUAGCGCGGGUGCGGCUGGUGGGCAAACGAAUAUCGGUGCUAACAUGGUCUAUCACCAUCACAACUCCUCUAGUCCCGUUGCACCAUCGCACCAUCACCCGCAGCACAACCACAACCACGUGUCGCAGGUGGCGGCCAGUGUCGUCGCCGAUCAUGGUGCCAACAACUUUGCUACCAUCCGUACGACCAGUAUUGUGACGAAGCAACAGAAGGAACACAUGCAGGUAAGUGAAAUGCACGAGCAAAUGUCGGGCUACAAACGUAUGCGACGGGAGCAUCAGGCCGCGUUGGUGAAGCUGGAGGAGAAGUGUAAGGUGGAGAUGGAGCAGCAUAAGUCCGCCCUGGACAAGGAGUAUGAUCUUUUGCUGCAUAAUUUUACACGAGAGCUAGACAAACAAUCUGCAAAACAUCAACAGGAGAUUGUGCGAAGGAUUAAGCAGAAUGACGCGGCAGAAAAGAAGCUGCACAAGGAAAUAUCGACCCGACAGGAGGGCGACCGGAAGGCGUUCGAAAUCCAUCGAAAGAAGGAAUACAAGGCAAACAAGGAACGCUGGAAGCGCGAACUAUCGAUGGACGAUACGACGCCCAAGCGGCAACGGGAUGCAACCUUGCAAUCGCAGAAGGAUAACCUCAAGCAGGCGGAACAACAGGAGGAACAGCGGUUGUUGCGGGUACAGAAAAACUACAUCGAGCUGGAGAUGCGAAAAUUUCGCAGGAAAAAGAUGGGAUUGCUGCAUGAUCUUGAGGAUCAACUGUUGCGUGACGAGCUCAGCAAGAAGCAGCAGCAACUAGAGCAAGCACAUGCCAUGCUAAUCAAACACCAUGAAAAAACACAGGAUCUCGAGUAUCGCCAGCAAAAGAGCGUACAUGCACUUAGAGAAGAGCAGAUAUCAAAACAACAUGAAAGUGAACUGCGAAACCAAAAGGAGUACAUGGACAGGGCCGAGCGAGAGUUGUUACGAAGACACGCACUCGAAUUGAAACAGCAGCCAAAGAGCCUGAAGCAAAAAGAACUCCAGAUAAGGAAACAGUUUCGUGAAACGUGUAAAACACAAACCAUCCAGUAUAAGGCACUGAAGCGGCAGAUACUGCAGACAACACCUAAGGAAGAUCAAAAGGCUGUGAUAAAGCAACUAAAGGAAGAACAACAUCGUAAGUUAACACUGCUCGGUGAUCAGUAUGAACAAAGUAUUGCUGAUAUGCUGCAGAAGCAAAGCCUUCGUUUGGACGAAAGCCAGGAAGUUGAGUGCCACCAGCUGAAGGAUCGGUUACAGUACGAGCUAGACAUUCUGACCGCCUAUCAGAGCAAAAAUCGCAUGCAGGCGCAAGCGCAACGCGAUCGGGAGCGUAAGGAAUUGGAGGAUCGCGUCAGUGUAAGGCGGGCACUGUUGGAGAGUAAGAUGGAAACUGAGUUGCAGCAGUUCAAUCAGGAGCGUGCCGAAAGGAUCCGCCAGCUGAAGGAGAAACACGACAAGCAGCUUGAGGCAUUCGACGAAGAGUCUGCCCGGAUGGGCUUCAGUGCAUUGGCCUUAGCGGAAGCAUCGAAAGAAACGUACCCGGAUGAGGAAGGCAGCCUGUCCGGUUCAAUGCUGAGCCUGGCGCACAGUAACAGUUCCACCAGCUUCCCGGCUGGAUCUCUAUAGCAUAAGUCCUCCAAAUGGAUGACCCUGUCGAGUCAGCAUUCGAUGUAAAGCGAAAGGCCUCCUUGUACCGCGGUUGGAUCGUCUGAAAUUGUCAGUGGUGAGAUUGGUACCAGUGCCGAGUGUUCUAGCAAAACACUAAAUUUUUGGAUACGGAGAGGGCGAUUCUGAGAUUAUGAGUUGGCGCGAAUGACACAGGCCCUACGGAUAGACUGAUAGAUCGAUCAAUUUGGAAUUGUGGUUCGUUUCGGGGCACAGAGAUAGAGAGAGGCACUCACACGAGUUCGAUAUAGCAGUGGAGUGUUUGGAUUUAAUCUAUUGUGUUCCAGGUGCAGCGGUACACACGCUGCAGCCUGGUGUGUGUUUUAUGUCGUUAUGGAUAAAUGUGCUCGUAUGUUUUAUGUAUGUUUUUUUUCCUUCCCCCCUUGUUCUGUGUUACCAUGCGCGUUAAAGGCACACACAUAUUCGGUUUCAGCUUUAAUAAUUGUACGUUAAGACGACAGACUAACGCUAUCGAACUGUUUCGUUUGCUUUUAGUUGUUUUUAUUUUAUUUCCGUCGGCUCUGCCCUUCCCAAGACGACGGGGGCCCAAAAGAUCGGCUUGGUUUGUCCUUAGAAAUUAUUAAAUAAUCAGAAAAGAUCGUGUCAUGAUCGUGGACACACACUUCGAGGUGUGAAAAGUCCACCAGUGCUUAUUGACACGUGACUACCGAACACACACACACACAUGUUGUUUUUGUUAAUUCUUUCGCACUUGUGUUAUGUCUAACUACCGCCGAAAGAAUGUUCUAGUCAACAUGCUAUUCAAAACACUUCUUGAACGCUAAUCUUCUUACUAACAAUCAAACAUUUAAAAGAAAGUUAAUGGAAUAUUACUAAACCACAAAAAAUACUCAACUUUUCAACGCUACCAAAAGAGAGACCGACCGACCCAACUUGUGUUUGGGAGUCAGGAAACAUCGAUUGCAACUGUAGCAACGUCGUUUCGUUAUCAUUCUCUUAACGGCAAACCGGGUUGUCCCAUCCGUGUUUUGUUUGGAGAAAGUUUGGAAACAGUUCUGAAUGUAAUAUAUAGGAAAAACAUUUAUUCUUAACCUAUUUGACUGCUGCGACUGACGAAUGUGAUCAUGAAGAUAGCAAGUAAAAGCUGCUCCAUCUGAUAGGAUAAAUAGAUUUGUUUGGAAAAACGAAAUUCUGGGUACAUUUUUUUGUAAUAGCGUUAGAAACGAAUCAUCGAUCUAUAUUCCUGUCGUCGCAAAAGAAAAAAAAACACGUCCAUAUGGGCUGAGAAUUUUAAACGGUGUUUGCGUGUGUCCCAUUUUAAAACAUGCUCCGUGUUUACAAAAUGAUUGGAGUUUCAUAAAAAGCUGCAGAAAAUAGUCAAAUUUACUACACGAAACAUAAGUUUGUUUAGUCUUUCUUCUUAUUCGUUGUUUGGAUUAAUUGGAUUUUUUUUAACAAAAAGUCUUUCAUUUUUUGUUCUUUUUUUCUUCUUCAAUUCGGCGGUAAACACAUUCGUUACGUAUGCGUUAAGUUUAUACUAUUUUAGUGUAGAUAAAAUUUCUGUACCGAUAUUAUGAAUGGUUUAAUUAAUUAUCUAAACACACACCACCCAAAACGGUGCGCGGGCGGGAGUUGUUGUCCUACAACUACAGAUCGACAAAAGAACUUCGGCUUCCUUUGUUCCCCCCCCCCCCCCCUGUUUCCGGAUCAGAACAAUUGCCAAGCUUUCAUUGCGUAAAGUUUAAUUAGAUAAAGAAAAACCUAGGUAUAUAAUUGUGCAAAGUAAAGUAGCUCCCGUGAUGAUGCCUUUACGGUAUAACGGGAGAUUCUAAGAAAGAGGGAGAGAAAAGGUGAAAAAAGGAGGCAAGUGUCUAUCGGUCGGUGCAUUUUUAAGAUAAUACGGAAACAAAAACUAUAGUAACAUUUAAUCAAUAUCCUAAUAAACACGCGAGAGUAAUGGCAACAUUUUUGCAGCCUUGGCAGAUCUGACAAGCGGCGGAAGAGAAACCUAUAAUACACAGCGAACAGACAAAGCAAAUAAUUGAAUAAGCGCGUACGCGAAUCCUUUAGACAAUAUACAAUAGACCGCAGACGUAAUGAAGCUGAACAGCAAAUUGGCCGAUAAAAAUGGGAGGCUAGUAGAAAGAGAGGACGAAUUAGUGAUGAAUCAUUGUAUUGCUUGCGGUUCGCUUGGUUGAAAAAAGGAGGUGGCAAUUUUUAUCAACUUCUUGUAAUUUCCAUCUCUUAGAAAAACAGGACGCGGGAAUCUUCUUCUAAAUCCCGUUCCGGCUUUGUUACAUGAUUUUUUUUAAAUGAAAUAGUAAUCGUGCAGCAGCACUUUAGUAAUGAAAAUUACAUUAUCCGUGCAACAUGAGUUGAUCAAGAGGGUUGCUUCUCUUAAAGACGGUGGUGCUUAUUCUGCUUUCUUAUCGCUAAACCGUGCAAACUCGAUAUUGAGCAAUUUGUUGACUUAACUGUUGCGAAAUUAAAGUUUGAUUGAAGUAAAGAAAAGGCAUACCCAUCCAUUGUCGUCUUUUACAGUUCUCUAGAGCAAACGGAAGCCAAACAAUCAGAAAAUCCAGCCAGGUUGCAUACUGGCAACAUAUUUGCGCCACACGCUUGGCUGGAUUCAAUCAUUGCAUCAGGCGUAGCUUGGUACGAACCGAUCGAACUAUUGAGUGGGUUCGAGUGAAUAAUAGUAAAACCUUAUUAACAAUUACAUAAGUAAGAAUAAUCACUAUUAUUAACGAUAGCGAUGAAAUACGGGAAUGUGAAUAAACAAAAGUGUAGUUUAUUCAUUUUACUGAUAUAAAAGAAACACAAUUCAUUGCUUUAGCGAACAAAUAUGAAAUAAAUUAAAAGAAAAAAGGAGAGGGAAGGAAAACACAAAAUGAACAAAAGUAAAAGUAGCUAAAGACAAAAUGCUAUAGGCAACGCGUUAGGGCUACCCCGGAAGAAUAGGAGGGAGCAAAUGUGUGAUGGAUGUUAAAAGAACAUUAGAAAUGCCUCAUAUGCACAUUUUUACCGCAACGUGAUGAAAGUGAAAUCAUAAUAAAUUAGCAGCAAAUAAAAACAAUCUAAACCACGAGAAAGCAAGCAAGCAACCAAUAGUAGCCACACCACCACACGCGUUUCAUAUAAUAAAAGAAAAAAAGGGAGAGGAAAAAAAGAUAACAACAAAUUAAAUACCACGUAUGCUUGUGAAGUCUUAUAACAUAAUAACAUGCUAUAAUAGCGAUGAAAUAACCAAACUGUGCGUGCGUGUGCCAGCCCACAGAGGAGACGAUGGUGAAAGCGAUGAACAUUGCGCAAAAAGUGUAUGAAUGUGCUCUACCCAGCAGAGUAAAUCCUUUUUCGCAACUCUCUUUCAGCUGAAGUGUUUCGUACAGGAGACACUCACACACCGCUACUACUACUAUUCUACUCAGAAACUUUUUCUGAUAACAUACACACACAAACAUUAAGUAACACUGCGUACAUUUUCCUUAUUGCAAUUAUAAAACACGUAUAGGACAAGGAAGCACAGAACAAGCAAACACACCGGUGACUCCGAAACAAGAAGUUCACCGCCACGAAGGAAUCUUGCACGAAAUUCGCGAACGCGAACGGUAGUGUCCUGUAUGUAAGCAAAAAGGGAGGAAACGCAUGUAAACUGUAAAGGAUUUUAUCUAGACACAAAACGGGGAGGAACGGCCCGAGUGCGAAGUGAAACGGCAUCGGGGAAAAACUGUGAGCAAAGAAGCGAAGAUGCUAAAGCUAACAAAAGAAAAACGGGGAAGGGAUAGUAUAAGCGUAUGAACAAUACCAAGUACUGCAACUGCUCGAAUAGUGAAAGGAAAUAAUAGGUAUAAAGCUGCUAUCAAAAGGAGAAGUUCUGAAAACAUCCUUAAUAUAACCGAAUGCGUAAUUCACUAACCGUUUCGAUUUUGAUCGCUAUAUAAAACCACACUCCACCUGGCUGUUGUGGCAAGUUGGGAGGUUUGGUACAAUGGGUGUUCGUAAUGGACAAUACAAUAAACUUCUUUAACAAACUCCCAUUUUUGUGUCCUACAGUGAGACACGAAUACCAACACAGCCGCCGAAAGGUGUUAGACUGCCUCCGUAGCGACCAAGGCUCAUAGAACGUAAAUAAAGCGCGACACCCCGGCCUUUCCUAGUAGAACAUACAGCACACAAACUACUACUCCCUAAACACACUAGAGUUCCUGUAACAUAUGAGAUCCUUACGGCAGAAAAAAGGGGUGUCUCAAAUGCCCCGAAAGAGCGUCAGUAGCAGCAGCAGCAGUAUCAGACAACAACAACAGUUAGACGAUUCUUCUUGUACAUACAAUUAACUAAUGUGAAUAGGAAAGCAAAGCCAACGAGAGUAGUAAGAGACGCUAAGGAUAUGAAAGCUAACACAAUGAGGAACAGAACACGAACCGCGAGAAUGGUGGAAAUUGAUGCGUGAAAUGGUGAAGUAAAGAAGAGAAAACACAACAUUCAAACAAUACAU